CCAACAAGCGGCACUGACAAAGCUGCGGAAGUUCGAGUAGCCCAGACUCAUCGAGCGAAGGUUUUCAAACGAUAACAACCUAUACAGAGUUGUUGUCGUUUUAUACUCAAAUCGGACAAUUACUGGAUAUGAUGCAAAUGCAGUACUCGAUAAUAUAUUGUUUUAUUUAUAAAGGGUUCCUUUCAUAGUUCGGCGGGUUCUGCUCUAUGCUAGCUUGCAAACAGUUGCGGUUGGUGGUUAGCUGUUUAUACAACUGGGAGUGUAUCCGUUUGUUCGUUUUUUAUAUUAUUGUUUACUUUUACUACCAGGCAAGCUAUUCUUUACAUACAAAACAUGUAAAUAUCACACUGUGCGGUGGCAGAACGCCGUCGUAAAAUAUUGCUAAAAAAAAAAAAAAGGAAGUGACGAAGUUUUCGCGCAUGCGUGAAUCGAUCGGGUAGUGACAGCGCCUCUUCAGUUGAAUGAAGAAGAUGUCUGACUUCACCUGGUCUGUGGUGGUGCUUACCUGUCAGCACAAAGACAGUGUGUACGCCUUCCAGAGAGAACUGGAGUUGAGGCAGCAGCGUGGUUCUGUGUCUCACAGUACCUUGGUCCUGACAGUGCAGGACCGCCAAGAGCCACUGGGCAGUGGGGGGGCAACACUCAACGCCCUGGUGGUGGCGGCCGAGCACCUGAGCAGCCGAGCAGGACACACUGUGGUGACAGCUGAUGUGCUAGAUGAAGCUCACAUCCUCAUCCUCCAUACUGGUCGGGAUUUUCCUUGGAGUUCGUGCAGCCGAGCCUUCUCCUGGCUGCCGCUGGAAAAAGCUACUCAGAGGGUCCAGGCACCGGUCUGCUGUCUAGACCUGCUGCUGGACUGCCUCACAAACCAGGUUUGUCCUGGUUCUCCUCCUGGCGUUUGGGUCUGCAGCACCGACAUGAUCCUCAGCAUUCCGCCACAUUUUGUGUUGUCCUGGGACAGCUUCUCAGGUGUCCGUGUUCUCGCACUCCCCGGUGAUGUGUCCUACGCUGUCAAUCAUGGCGUCUACUUAUGUGACAAACAGGAUCACAUAAGGGACAUCAUAUACAAAGGAAGCAAGGAGCAGAUACAGCAAGCAGUGAUGCAUGAUGGGAAAGUGCCUCUGGUCUCAGGUCCAGUCUUCUUUAGCAGGACGGUAACGGAGAAACUUCUACAGGCCCACGUCACGCCUCCUCUGGACGGGUGCACCUACUUAGGUCUAGACUCUGGAGCUCCGCCCCUCCAGAUCUCGCUUUUCCUGGACGUGUUGAAGUGUCUUUGCUCGGAUCAGACCGAGGAGCAGUUUGUGGGCGGGGACGGGAGGGUCUGCGCUCAUGCUGGAGAGCCUCACGGGGCAACGGUGAGGAGCGGCAGGCAAGAGUUGUGGAGGAUCCUGAGAGGGACGCCGCUCAGCAUGGUGUAUGUCCCAGGAGGUCGCUAUGACUACAUGUCUCUGUCUGGGAAGCAACACGUUGACCGGCUAACCUCCGACUGGACACAUGGGCACGCCCUCUCCUACAUGCAGUUGGACAGCAGUGUGAGCAAAGGAGGGCGGGUGAUCAACAGUGUACUGGAAGGAGAGGUCGCUGUGGAGACAGGCGCAGUGGCGCAACACUGCCACCUGCAGGGUCCCCUGCGCAUCCCGUCUGGUUGUUUACUGUCAGGUCUUGAGGAAUCCAUGUCUCUCUGGAUUAGACAACUGCCGCCGGUCAACAACAUCAUCAUUCAGGGACAUCGCAUUGAGCUUGGGGACUUGAAGCUGAAGGUUUGCACGGUGAUGGGAGGACUGGAUGACCUGGAGCUGUGCUGUGAUGAUGACGGUGCCUCCUUCCUCAACGUGAAAUGGAGCGUCUUCUUCAGCAGGACAAGCGUACGGCCAGAAGACUUGUGGUUCCCGGGAGAGCCGCGCUCCCUGCUGGAUGCUCGCCUCUUCCCAGCAUUCCACCCACACGAAGGCCCUGUAGGCGUGGUGGGGGGCGUGGCCUGGCUUUUGGGCGGAGCAGGCUGCAUGCGGAGGUGGAGAGAGGCAUGGCGGCUUUCAUUGAGGGAGGUUCUGUCACUCACCCACCAGGAGGCGGAGCUCCAGUGGAGGGAGAGCUUGCUCCUCCUGGCGGGAAGGAAGCAAGUGACAGACGCCCUGACUAGUGGGAGCAACGCCUGCCUGCUGCCUUACUUCAGGGCGGCUGUGCUGGGCAGGCAGUACGAGGCGCUGCUGGACACGCUGGACAACAUCGCGGCAGGAAGAGGAGCUGAGCAUGGGGCGGAGCAGGAGGCCCAGCUGGGUAUGGCUGCUCGCUCCCUCUCCUGCAUUGCUGACGUGCUAGUGUGCUUGGCCGAAGACAAGGGGGGGCUCAGGAGUGGGCCAGCUGCAAACAAGGCUUGGAGCUCCGCCUACUUCCUGUUAGGAGAAGGUGAUCUGAAGGGUGGAGUUAAGGCCCUGGCUGCGCAGAGAGUGCAUUGGCUCAGCAGGCCAGACCUGCUGGUGCGGGCAGCGCGGCACUAUGAAGGCGCCGCCCAGGUGCUGCUACGUCAGGCUAUGAUGUCAUCACAGAAGUUCAUCGCCAUUGGCCAGGGUGAUGUCCCGCCUCUUGAGCAAUGGCAUGAAGUGGAGUGUCCUGCGCGACUGGACCUUGCUGGUGGCUGGAGCGACACUCCGCCCAUCGCUUUCGAGCAUGGCGGCUCUGUGACUAAUGUGGCAGUGAAGGUUGAUGGCAGGCGUCCGAUUGGUGCUCGGGCUCGUCGCAUCAGAGAACCCCACCUCCUGCUGGUCAGCCACAUUGGGCAGCGGGACUCUGGUGUUUCCACGAAGACCGUGUGCACCAGCCUGGAUGACCUGAAGGACUACUGUCAGCCGCAAGCACCUGGAGCGCUGCUGAAGGCCGUGUGCGUCUGCAGUCGUUUGGUGUCGCUCGCCUCCCAGCAUCCUCUUGGGCAUCAGCUGCUUCAGCAUUGGGGUGGAGGAUUGGAGCUGCACAGCUGGUCGGCGCUGCCCACUGGCUCGGGACUCGGAACCAGCAGCAUCCUGGCGGGGGCGCUGUUGGUCGCAGUCUACAGAUGCACGGGUCAAACGUACGACAGCGACGCGCUCAUUCAUGCCGUCCUGCACCUGGAGCAAGUCCUGACCACCGGCGGAGGCUGGCAGGACCAGGUGGGAGGUCUGGUUGGGGGACUGAAAGUGGGCCGGUCCAAAGCGACUCUGCCACUGCAUGUCCAGGUGGAGCGUUUGUGUCCCCCAGAAGACUUCUUGUCGUCUUUGGAACAGCGCCUCCUGCUGGUGUACACCGGAAAGACUCGGCUGGCUCGCAACCUUCUGCAGGAUGUGGUGCGCAGCUGGUACAGUCGUCUUCCUGCAAUGGUCCACAACGCCCAGCAGCUGGUGUCCAACUCGGAAGAAUGUGCUCAAGCUUGCUUAGAUGGUUCCUUGUCAAGACUGGGCUGCUGCGUGGACCGCUCGUGGCACCAAAAAAAGCUGAUGGCGCCGGGCUGUGAACCAGCAUCAGUCCGCGUCAUGAUGGACGCCUUGCGCCCUUUGGUCCUAGGUCAGAGCCUGGUUGGAGCAGGGGGAGGUGGCUUCCUUUGCUUGUUGACCCGCCAGCCUGAACAGCACCAGGCGGUGCUUCAGGUCCUCAAUGACACACCGGGUCUGGGAAACUUCAGCGUUCACACAGUUGAGCUGGACAUGGAUGGCAUCACUGUGCUAGCAUCAGCAUGACCUCACAAACUUACUUGCUGUGUCUUGAAGUCAUCCACACAAUCUGGUGGGCAAACUUGGUAUGUUUUUUUGGGGGGCUUGAGAGGUAAUUAUGAUUGAGCCCUAUGAACUCUGCCUAGCAACAAGUGGCCAGGCAAAACCAUGAAGGAAAUAGUACAUUUAUAUUAUUUUUUAAUGAUAAAUCAUGCACUAUAAAUGUUAUAUAUUUUAUAAUGGUGUGAAUAAAAAAAACUGAGAAUACUGUUAUUUUGCAUUAGUCAACAUAAGGCUGGACCAUACCAACACAUUGUCAGGCAGUCACCUAGGAAGCCUUCAUUUGCCAGCGACCACAGACAGUUGGUCCCGAAUGCGUCCCAGUCCGUCCAGCAUGGUGUCCACGCUCUCUCUGCUUAGCUCCACAGUCGCCACGGCAACCGACUGACCUCCUCCGGUAGGACACGGCUCCUCUGUCUGUAAAGUAGCACGCCAAACAAUGAAGUGCGUGUCGUUCACAUGACCAAAGUCCCGAUUGGAAAGCACAUUUGCACCUACUUUAAACUGGACCAGGCAAGUCGGGACGCACAUGCGACUGACGGAGUCUGAGCUUGUCACCAUGUUGACCCUCCAGUCCAGCUCCUUCAGCCGGGGGAGGAAGACUACACACACACACACACACGUAUCUUAGUUGAAAGGCACAACAGCUCUUGAUGAAGAUGAGUCAACUCACUCUGAUUACUGACUGCUUGUGUUUUCCACGCUGCACUGAAACCCAUCACAAACACAAAACAUCACUACAGGUCAAAAAUAAGAAGAGGCGGGGCCAUAGGCGCUGACCUGUUCUCCAAAAGGAUCUUGGUGAGCAAGUUCUUCAGGCUGGAGUGGAAUGACUCAGGGAAAAGAUGGAGGAUCUGCUCAGGGGAGUUCAGGUUGUGGAAGAUGACGUGAUGAGACAGGGCGUGAAGUGAGUGGACCAGCUGGAUAACACACAUACAAUGAAUACACGCGAAUGAUAGCCAAAUGUGUGCGUUGCAUGCAGGUUCUUAUAGUAACCUCUGCAGCUUGAGCUUCGGGGAUGGCAAGCGUGGUGGCUGUGCUUUGAGUCAGUGAGCUACUAAGACCUUGAUGACUUUUCACACAAACGUCCUUCACAGCAUCUUUGGAUGGAGCCUGAACACACACACAAAUGUAUUGUAACAAUUGUAAUACUUUUUUGAUUGCUGACAGAAAACUGCAUUAUUCUGACCAGAUAAGCUGAUGAUGGAGAAAGGCCACAACCUUGGUAAAUAAGUAAAGUUGGUAUGGUAUGGCUCUGAAAGGCUCAUGCACUAUUAAAACACUUUCUCUUAUUAUUUUACAUAAUAGUUUUGAAUAUUUUGUUGAUACAACUAAAAAUAACUAAUUAAUAAGCGCUGCAUAAACUAUUGAUCUAAUGAAAUUGAAAUAUCAAUUUUUAAGGCACAAAUCCAGUUUGAAGUCUAUUGUUUUUUUAGCCUGUUCAACGGCGGUUUAGAAGGCUAACUACACGAAUAAAACACACAGUGGCAGGAGACAAUCACCAAAGGUUUACCGAGAACUGCAAAUAAAGUAGCUAGAUUAUAAAUGACAACAAAACCUUAAGAAGAAGCUGCAAGUUGUUGAAAUGUUCGCUUGGUAGUGUUGCAGACAUGUUGAUAGUCACAUGACAACCUGUUUUUUUCUUCUUUAUUUCCGGUAUACAGAGUUUGGUCGUACAUUACUGCCCUCCUCAGGUGUUUAAGUGCCAUGACACGCAUAAGACGCGUGUUCUUGUCUUACUGUUACUUUAAU